AACAACAUUUCAAAUUUAUAUUGAUAAUGAGAUUUCGUUUUUGUGGAGAUGCUGAUUGCCCCGAUUGGGUUCUUGCGGAAAUUAAUUCGCUAUCACGAUUAAGUUCAAUUAAACUUAAAUUAUUAGCACAAGUUGUUGCUGAUUCGUGGUUGGAUGUUAAAGGUUUAAAUAUUGAAAAAGUUCGAAAGCUACUAAGUGAUUCAAAACUAGAUAAUACUGGAGAUUUAAAAGCUACUAUUGCAUGUAUCAAUUUUAUAUUAAACUCGGCUGUAAGACAUGGUUGUGACGAAUCAGCUUUAGCCAGUGAAUUACAGCAAUUAGGACUCCCACAGGAACAUAGUCAAGCGUUACGUCGUGUUUAUGUGGAUCGUCAAGAUACUUUAACCAAACAGUUACGGAGUCAAUCAUUACGAAUAAAUCGUCUACAAGGUGUUCAAGUAUUGGAAUCACCUGUACCAGGUUUUAUCUAUUUGGAGUUAACAAUUCAAGAGAAACAAGAACGCAUUUUAAUAAAGAAAACACAGGCAAUAAACCUCCUUAAAAAUCUGAAAUCAAUUGAAUUAAAUUUAAAUAGUUUACAAACGAAUUAA